AUGGAGGGGCUGGUGGCCAGGGAGUGUCCAGACAGCUCUACUAAAGGGGAGUCAGAUACAGUCCCACAAAACAACUCUACAGGGUGGUGUUGUGACUCUGUCUGUCUGCCGUGUGGAGAUGGGAAGGACAUGUUGGCUGUAUACAGAACACUGGGGCCUUACAUCCGGAAUGUCAGCCUGGCCGUACUGACUGACACAGUGCACUCUGGGAUGCCUUUCCUCUUGGAGGUUUCUGGAUACCUGGCGGCUCCUCCCACUCAGCCAAUAGGGAUAUAUGGCCUGGAAGGAGAGAACCUAUCGUCUGUGGACGUUCAAUUCAGUGGGAAGGGCCACAAAGAUCAAAGUUCACACACCGUCAUCGUCCAGGACGAUGGCUUCUUCACCUUCUCCUCUGAUUGGAUGCUGGAAAACCCUGGAACAUACCAAAUUAAGAUCUCAGUCUCCAACCUCCUCUCCCAGCUCUUCUCCUCCCUCUAUCUCUCCGUCUUGCGUCCCUCUCCAGAGGGGUUGGAGGUCAGCCUGGUCCAGGGGCAAGGGGGUACCCCCUACUGCCUGCCCUACCCAGCCCAGGACACACUAUCCCAGGCUCUGGAGAAGGCCUACCUGGGUGAUAUCCUCACCCUCCAGGCAUAUGUAGGAGCUGGAAUCAGGCUGCAGUUCCACUGGAGAUUCUUCAGUGAUGCUGAAAAGGAAGAGGAAGAGGAGGGGAAGAGGAGGGAUGUAAAGAUAGACUGCCUUCCUGAUUCUGAUUGUCUGAGCAGCACUGUGAACCAACUGUUUAAAACUGAGGGGAUUCACACUGUCAAGGUCAAUGCUUCCAAUAUAUAUGGCUGGACUGAGAAAACCAUCCAUAUUGCGGUGGUGAGGCGGGUUGUGUGUGAUUUGACUCUGGAGAGUCGGUCUGGGUACCAUCUGGCUGCUGGUCAGAACAUUUCUGUGGACCUGCAGCUCUACACCACGCAGAGACAGAGCCUACUGCUCAACCUCACACUGACCUACCAGGGAAAACACAGCGUCAACCAAGACCAUGUCCACAACCUCAACCAAACCUUCAACCAUGACGAUGCUGACCAUGAAAACAAUCAAAACCAUGACCAAACAGAAGAUCACAACCUCAAUCAAAACCAAACCUACAACUUUACCCUAGCACUUGAACUCAACCACAACCAAACCCACGGUCAUGACAAUGACGAUCACACCGUGCCCCUCCGAUUCACCCACACCCUCUCCCUGUCCUCCUACCCCCAGCCCUCCAGCCCCCUGCACCUCCGCUCCUCCUAUGGCCAGACCAGCUGCCACCUCCAGUUCCACCUGCACUACCCCCUCCCCUCCACCGUGGGACAGUAUACCCUCUCAGCCACAGUCUUCUCCCUCUCUGAUCCUGCUGUGCCGCUACUCUCCGCCUGUCUCCCUUGUCCCCUGGUGGUGUACGACCGCAUACGCACCCUCUGGCCAGCUGGAACGUGGAGCUCUGUGGUUCAGUCACGGUCAGAACUCAACCUCACGGUCACCAGCCAGGCUGACUGUAUGGGUUCUAAGGUGCUUUGGACAGUUGCUAGGGGCAACACCACUGUGUUCAACAGGAUCACGGAGGCCUGGACCGUGACCAUGACAUUCUCGAUCGCAGGGACCUAUCUGGUCACGGUCAAAGCCUUCAACCCAAUCAGCUGGGUUGGCUUCCACACACACUUCCUGGUCCAAGAUCCAGUCGGCGAAUUGUUGUUGAAUGUUCCAAGAGUGGUCACGGUCGACUGUCCGACCGCAGCGUUGUUCACCAUCACAACAGGGUCGAACAUGUCUGUGGUGGUGUUAACGAACACAUCCGUUCUGUACCAGAACAACAACUACACAGCAGGGGAGGAGGUGUCCGUGGGUUUGUUGUUUGACUGUACUGGGACCACUGAGGUUGAGGUCAGAGCUGAGAACCUAGUCUCCUCUGAGAACAGGUCCGUGAACGUGUGUGUUCAGCUGGUCAGGAAGUGGUCACACACGGUCACCAUGGAUAUAACUCUACCACCGGUCACUGGGCCGAGCCUAGCCCUCAGUACCAAGGUAAAUGCAGUUUUGAUAUUAGCACACGAGGUAACCACGGAGGAGCCAAUUGGUGACGUCCUCUUGGUGUUGGCCACAUCUGCCGUGAUCCGAUUAGCUGACUUCAUCAAAGCAACAGCGAUCGUGGUCAGAGGCGGGGCCUUGGUGUUUGAGUGGCAGGUGUCUCUCCCAGAACUCACCACUCACAGUCACACAGACAGGAACACCAGUGUGAGCUCCCUUCAUCACCAGGCAGUCGUUCCAGGGAUGUAUAACAUUACCGUGACAACCUACUGUCCCCUGGGCCACACCUCAGUCAGCCGACACCUAGAGGUCAGGGUUCAUGGCCCCGUGGGUCACGUUCAGGUCCAGUACCCAUUUGGGUUGGAUUGGGCGGCGCUCCACCUGCAAGCUGUUGGGACCUACGCCACAUCCCUCCUCCUGUUCAGAGGACACUCCUUCUCCCACAGCGGCCAUUUUCUUUUUGACUUCGGAGACGGGUUGCCAACUUCAUAUGUGAACGGUGUCUCUCAUUUGCUGGGAAAGACAACAUCCACCUAUCACCAGUUCACUAAAGAGGGAGUGUUCCAGAUCAGAGUGUGGGCCUAUAAUGAGUUCUACAGAAGUAUGGCUACGGAACAUGUGUUCUAUGUAGAGAAGGUUCCAGCGGGUCUAGAACUCUCUGCCAACUCAAGUGUGGUCCAUAAGAACCAGGUGGUUCUCUUUGAGGCUCUGUUAGAACAGGGAACUAACGUCUCCUACACCUGGAGUAUGGGAGACCAGACCACCUAUGUCAAUGCAGGUGCUGUAGUGUCCCACAUGUUCCUGUCUGUGGGUGCGUUUGAGGUGUGUGUGUUGGCUGAGAACAAAGUGGGGAGUGUGAGCCACUGUGUCCCCGUCUCUGUGCUGAACCGGAUGCAAUCUGUGAGUAUCCACACAGAGAAGCAGGCGUAUGCCACAAACACUGAUAUAACAUUCCAGGCCCAGACAGAAGCACCGGACCCUGUGGAAUUCCUCUGGCACUUUGGAGAUUCCCGACCACUUCGGACCACGUCACGCUCCUUCAAAAAGACAUACCACACACCUGACAGGUACAGUGUGGUGGUGGUAGCCUCCAACGGGCUGAGCUCCUUCACCUCCGAGGUGCAUCCUGUCCUGGUCCAGAUUGCUGUGCGUCCUAACAGAUUGCUCUUCCAGCCGUCUGUGGUUCUGAAGCACACCGCCAGCUUCACCUGUAGGGUCAACUCUGGAACCAACCUUUCCUUCUCCUGGAGCUUUGGAGACGGAACCUCCAGGACGGGAGGGAACACAGAACAGCAUGUGUUCCACAGGACAGGAGAGUUCACGGUUGAGGUGACCGUGUCUAACCUGGUCAGCUCUGCCUCCCUGACUGCACAGAUGUUUGUGGUCGACCGCCCCUGUAAACCUCCAGCUGUUAAAAACAUGGGACCGCUCAAGAUACAGGUACGGAGGUAUGAGCCAGUGGGUCUGGGGGUGACGUAUGAGGCAGAGGUCCAGUGUGAUGUGUUCCAGGGUCUGGAGUACAACUGGUCUCUAUAUACAUCUACAGGCCUGCCUGUACCUCUACCUCCUGUUGACACAGACAGACAGAGCAUCACCCUACCCAGCCACUUCCUACACUAUGGUAUCUACACCGCUAUAGCUAGGGUCCAGAUCGUGGGCAGUGUGGUGUACAGUAACUACAGUGUAUGUGUGGAGGUGGUGCCCAGUCCUCUGGUCUCCUUCAUCCAUGGAGGCACCAACGUGUUCCUCAGCAGCAGAAACAGCAGCGUUAUCUCCCUCAACGGACAACUCUCCUAUGACCCCGACUACCCCAUGAACCACCUCAGCUAUAGCUGGACCUGUAAGCCAGUCAGUGCCAUCGACAGCUCCUGUUUCGAUCAAUAUGUGCCCACCUCCUUCUCUGUGAUCGUGUUUCCAGUGGGGUUCCUGAAACGGGACUUUGACCAGUUCAGGUUCACGCUCACGGUCCAGAGUGGAGAACGCUCAUCUACAGCUGACACCUUCAUCACGGUCACACCCAGCCUGCUCAGGAGAGUGUCAGUGUAUUGUUACCAGUGCCAGGGGGACGCAGUGAACUGGGACCAGUCGUUCUCAGUCAGAGCAGUGUGUGAUAGCUGUGGCCCCUCCCCCAGAACCAUCAGCUACACCUGGACUCUCUACCUGGUCAACUCCUCCAGUAAGGUGGACACAGACGUCCCCUUCUGCCACAGUGUGGAUCUGAGUUUUCCCUCCAACAUCAUUGGUGGCCCUACCUUUCCCCUGCCUCCAGCCCUGACUCUCACCCCUCCAUCAUCACCCCCGCACACACCCUCAACCACAGCCAGCGUGAUGUCCUCAUCCACAGAGAUAUCCUCAAAUAUGACAUCAAUCCCAGCCAGCUUGGUGACCGGUCUGAUGUCAUCAAACGUGACCAGCAAUACUGAGAUACAAACUACAACCCCCACAACACCCGACCCAGUCCCCGUGCCUCCCUUCCCCCCGUUGCCCCUCCCUUCUCCAUCACCUGGUGGUCGCCCCCGGAAACAGAGGUCACAGGGGUCAGUAGAACUUCAGAGAAUCAAUAGCACAGCUGGGAACAACCCUUCACCAAACUCCUCCCCCGAGCCCAUCUCUGUUCCAAUCAGCUUCACUCCUGAAUCACCUGAGCCAGACUUGGGAGGGUUUGACCCCGGUGGGCCCCCUUACCCCAUCUCAGAGUACCCUGUAGUUACCUUUGACGACGGCAGCAUCCUUUACUCUGCCCCCCUCGGCCAGAGUGACAUCGUCGAGGUGUUCCCCAUCGAUCCCGAUUUUCCCACUGACUACGACUUCCCUUUCCCCGUCCUGGAGAGUGGAGAUGUGAGCGGACGUCCUGUUGAGGGCUUCUCUCCUGGACAGUCAGUCAGUGGUGGAGUGUUAGGACCCUUCCCUGGAUCAGAUCCCUCCACAGCAGAGACAAGCUGGGACCCCAAUGGGACACUAGAACCGUCAGGAUAUCAGACAGGCAGCUAUAACCUCACUGAUUAUAAUGUUCCCUUCCUGGGGAUAGAGGAGGGAGACCCGGGAGUGUGUGGGUGGUGGUCGAGCUCAGAGGGUGACUCUCCUCCUGUCCCAGGAUCAAGUGAGGAUGAGGGGAGUAACCUGAUGGACUCCAGCCCCUCGCUGGUGGUCCUUGACCCCACACUACUAGACCUGCCCAGAGAACUGUUAGAGCAGGAGCUGUUUGAGUCCUACACAUACACAGGAAUCUCCUCUGCUCUCAUCACGUUCAGACCUUUCACUCUGAGAGCAGGAAGCAGAUACAUGUUGGAGGUCACAGCUAACUCCCACGAUGCAGUACUGGGGCGGACUCAGCUGUUCCUGUCCACUAGCCCCAGCCCCCGAGGGAUAACCUGUCAGGUGCAGCCUAGCAGUGGCUUCGAGAUACACACACACUUCAGCAUUUUCUGCACCUCUGGGAAAGAGGACCUGUUGUAUGAGUACAGUUUCAGUACAGGAAACAGCCCUCCUAAGAUCCUGUACCAAGGAAGAGACUUUCAGUACUACUUCAACCUGCCAUCUGGAGACCCUCAGGAUGACUAUAAAGUCACUAUCUAUACAGCGGUCCGGAACAGGUUUGGAGCAGCAACUGCACCCUGUCCUGUGACCGUCACAGUCCACCCCAGCUUCAUCAGGAACACCUCCUCCAACUCCAACCCUGAUAUGGAACUUUUUGAGUCAGGUUUGAGGAACCUGUCUGGUCUGGUCCAGUUGGGGAACAGCGUAGAGAUCCGUAACUACAUCAUCCUCCUGUCCAGCGUCCUCAACAGACUCAGCCAGGACCCCACAGCCAACACACCCACUCAGACACACACGCGCACCGCACUCAUCAACGCUGUUUGUCAGCUCGACAUCAAUGACCAGCGGUCCAUGACAGAUAACGUCUACAUGCUCAAAGACCUGAUGCACCUCACCCACCAGGUAUCGUUAGCCAGUGCCAGUGUGGUGGUGGGUCAUGUCCAGUCCAUCUCAGACCUGUUCCACGAGCCCAGUGUUCCUGUUCCCUACCUAUUGGACAGCUGGACCCUCAACACUCUGGUCACACUGCUGUCAUACAGCCUGCAGGCCACCCCCACUACUAAUGAUGUCAGACAAGACCAGGCCACUGCUGAUGAUGUCAUACAGGCCACGCCUACCCUCAAAGAACAGGCCAUACAACUCACGACUGACAGUCUGCAGACUACUGAUCAAUUACUACUGAAAUACAUCCUGUUCAAUAAGGUCGAGCAGCACAACGUAACCACCAGUGUCAUGGACCUACAGACCACUCACCACGACCGUGGUCUAACCACAGUCAUCAGCUCUGGCUCAGCCACCUUCUACCUGCCUGACUCCCUGGACCUGGUCCUGUACGGUCGUAGGAGGAGAGAAACCACAGAUGGACCACAGAGUCUCUGUGUCCUCAGCCAGCUGACCACGUUCACACACAACCUCUACUUCUGGACCAAGACACCUGUACUGCUGAGUGGGCCAGUGAUUGACCUGACUCUGUACAACUGCAGCACAAGGAGAGAGAUUCCAGUACGCUCGCUCUCCCAACCAAUCAACAUCGAGUUCCCCAAAACACCUAGAAAUGUAAGUUCUUUAUCGGAGUUCACUCUCCUGCGGAGCCAGGUGAACUACCACGGUUUCAACAUUACCCAACAGGCCUUGCAGGAGGCCAUACUGGUCAGUGUGGAAUUCACGCGGCCCCCCAACAAGACCUUUCCCAUCAUGCUCCUCUUCAGGAUGUUUGAGAGGCCGACCCCCAGCUUGUAUCACAUCCACAGCAUCCAUCACUGGGACAGAAACACCACUUACAUCACCCUGCCUCCAUCAUACCUCACUGCUGCAGGGACAGGCUACCUGGCUCUACUCAACGCUGACUACAAAAAGACCCCCAGACACAAGUACAUGAGCAGACAAGUGAACUACACAUUGAGACUGGAGUCCAGCCAGUGUCUGUCCUGGGAUCACCAGAAGGGCUGGACACACACCAGCUGCACACCUCAACUAGGACUGACCACACACACCAGGGUCAACUGCAGCUGUAGCCACUUGAGCCCAUUGACCGUGGUCCAGCAGCAGAUCCAGAGCAGCCAUGACGACUCAGCAGACCUGGCCCAGUUCAUCAGUCUCCCCAGUGAUGUGACGGUGGUGUGUGUGUGUGUGGUGUGUGUGUGUCUGUAUGCUCUGGGCAUGGUGGUGUGUAAGAGAGCUGACCUCAUCUCAGAGAGGAACCAGGGAGUCUACUACCUGUCUGAUAACGCUCCUUCAGACACACACCUCUACUCUGUUACUAUACACACCGGCCUCCGCUCCUCACCCAGCAUGACCGCCAAGGUCCAUAUUGUGCUGUAUGGGGAGGAUGGGGCGUCACAGACCAGACAACUACAUGACCCAGAAUGCCCUCUGUUCAGAAGGAACUCCAGGAACACCUUUAUACUGAGUACUGUAGACAGUCUGGGCCCUCUGUGGGGGCUGCACCUGUGGCAUGAUAACACUGGCCCCUCCCCCACCUGGUACCUCAGACAGGUGAAGGUGUGUGAGGUGAAGGGCAAGGGGCGGAGCUGGCUGUUCCUAGGCCAGUGCUGGUUGGCUGUUGACGAGGGUGACGGACAGGUGGAGAGGAGACUCAGGGUCUGUGAUCAGGGGCCAGGAUUCACCAAGCUGCUGUAUCUGAAGCUGUCAGAGUACCUGUCAGACUUCCACCUGUGGUUGUCUGUGUACAGUGGUCCCUCCCCUAGUGUGUUCACUCACACACAGCGCCUCAGUGUGUGUCUGCUGCUGCUGCUAGGCUACAUGUGUGUCAACACGUUACUCAUAUCUGGCCUCGACGACCAAUACACCUUAGAGCUGGGCAUCAUCGACGUGUCUGCCGUUUCCCUAACGACGGGGCUGUUCAGCGCGCUGGCCGUGUUGCCCGUAGCGACCUCGCUGUCCUUCCUGUUCCGUCAGCGUGAGGUCAGAGUAAAGAGGUCAGAGGUCAAACAGGACAUGGUCAGACUGCCAGACAUCUACUCUAUAGAAGCUGAUGCGCUGAUCGUGAGUGACUGUGUGUUUGACUCUCUCUCCUGGAACAAUCUGCAGCAGUGGGCACAGGAGGCCUGGAGGAAGAAAUAUGAGGGCUCAGUGCCGAAUAGGGAUCUGGUAACUCAAAGAGGAGAUCUGGUAAUACGGGGCGGUCAGGAUCUGGUAAGGGAUCUGCUGACCCAGGAGAAAGUCUCCUCAGAUUGCAACUCCAGUGGUUUUGACAACAGCUUGCUUGGCAGGUUGCUAGGCAACAGUGUCCCAGACAACAACAGCGUUUGCAAGGAGAGGGAUCGUAACCUCAACGAUAGCCCCAAACUGCUAGGCAACAACCAGGUGGGCAACAGUACCAGCAGAUGCUUAGGGGGCAGGCUCAGCCCUCUACUCCGCUGGAGUCACCUCCUAGCCUGGGUACUGUGUUUGGCCCUGGGCCUCUCCUCUCUAGUGAUCACGAUCAUCUUGGGGAUCAGGUUCAGCAGCAGUAAGACUUUACUGUGGAUCCAUUCCGUCUUCUUCUCCCUGCUCUCCUGUGUCUUCCUCAUCCAGCCAGCCAUGAUCCUUGCCGUGGCUGUGGUGGUCUCCUUCUGGCGCAGGAAUCGUCCGGACUUCUCCAGUUUCUCAGGAGUUCCUGGGUUUCAGGCAGAAACUCUGAAACUGUGGACCCAAGAUGGCUCCUGUGUCCCAGAGCUCUUCCUGCUCAGCCCUCCUCAUCCGCCCCAGGAGAGAUGCUCACACUUUGACAGGGUGCUGGCGGCCCGUCAGAGGGCUCGGUAUCUGCGUCUGGUACGCCCACCCACUUCUGGGGAGCUGAGGAGGACAGGGGGGAGGAAGAGGAGAGAAACACUCAUCCGCAAAACACUCAGGGAGAUGGCAGUGUGUGUCUCCAUGCUGUUCCUCCUGCUGUGUGUAACCUAUGGCAGCUCCUUUAGAGACCAGUAUCACCUCAACCAUGCCGUCCGAACACAGUUCACCAGGAGCCCACAUAACCCCUUCCUGUCCAUCCAAACGCAUGAGGAGUGGUGGAACUGGACCUUAACCAGUGUACUGGAUGGUCUGGACUGGGACACCUGGUAUAACAACAUAUCAGCAACUGGGAAGGCAGGUGCCGUCCAGGGAUCAUGUAUUCUGAUAGGAGAGCCCAUCUUGAGGAAGAUUGAUGUUUUCAACGCAUCCCAAUGCCAGGUGCCUCCUGUAAUGGAGACCUUGUUCCCAGAAUGCCUCACGGCAUAUCCCCCAGGUGAAAGAGUCUCUGGGAUGGCGUUACCCAUGGAGGUCGGACUUCAUAUCUGCGGUCAACUCCAGUGUUACACAGGAACUGGGACCACAGUACGACUGGGUCUAACACGGUCAGAGAUGGGGUCCAGGCUAGAAUCCCUGAGGUCAGCUGGCUGGCUGGAUAGACUAACGGUAGCCAUGGCAACCCAGUUCACCCUCUACAGCCCCUCCACCAACCUGUUCAUCAGUGUGAACCUGAUGGCCGAGAGAUUACCUGGUGGAGCUUUGCACACCUCCGCCCGUGUCCAGUCAGCUAGGGUCUACCAUUCACCUACUGUAUGGGACUACUUCAGUAUGGCAUGUCAGCUCCUUUUCCUCCUCGUCUCUCUGGUCCAGCUCGUCCUCCAGAUCUGUUCUGCUGGGGAGAAAGGCAUGCUGGGAUACUUGAGAGACCCCCAGAGUUGGCUCCAGGUCGGUAUACUCCUGGUAACCCUGGUGUACUACAUCUACUACAUCUAUCAGUCCAUUCUGACUCUGGAGGUCAUUGACCUGCUGCAGCGACACGACUUCAGGACGCAUGUGGAUGUCAGCUUACUGUCUACCUGGGAACAGCACACCCGUACACUGCGUGGCAUACUGCUCUUCCUCCUGGUGGUGCGGUGUAUGUGUUUGUCGGGGGUUAACAGAACCAUGGCCGCCUCAGUGACUCUACUCAGACUCGCCUUCUCCAGACUCCUCUGGCCAAUGCUGUCAGGAGUUGUCCUGUUGGUGGCUCUGUCCUCUGUGGGAAACCUGCUGCUCCUGAGGAGGUCCUGGGGGUUCAGCUCCCUGCCCCACUCCGUCUUCACACUCCCGUCUCUCUCCAGGGGCCAACUGGGCUCCCGGGCCCCCUCCUUGCCCAUGGCCUCUCAGCCCCACCAGCUCCACAGCCCCAAUAGCCUGUCUUUGUCUUUCUACCAUGGAGCUCUCUGUCUCACCCUCACUGUGGCCUGGACAGCAGUGUUGAUUGGUAUCGUCUCCUCGUUAGUGAGAGCUGCUAAACUAGCUGGUAGGAGGAGGAGCCUACUGACUCUCUGUGACGUGGUUGGCUACGUCAGGGGCCAGGCGGCUGUGCUCAUUGGCCAACGCAGACAGAGAUGGAGAGAUAGCCAUGCCCACAGGAGAAGUUUUUACCUGGAGGAAUUUGAGAGCCUGGUGGAUGAGCUGCAGUUUAGACUAAAUGCCUUCUCUAACAGUCUGCACCACACCCUACCUCCUAAAGAUAUCUUCUCCCCCACCCAGAGCCCCUCCAGCCUGGCCUCACAGCGCUCUGCUGCCAGUGAAACAGCACACAUGACUGAAGAGACACUUCUCAAUGAUCCCCCUGACAUCACCAGCCUCCCACUGACCUCCAGGGAACACUUACCUGACGCACACCACUACAGGUCUCAGCUUGAGUUGGAGACCCUCCACCAUCUGCAGCAGUCAGGCCAGAGGAGGCAGACCCCAGCCCCAGUUGGGGGACUCUCAAGUAGGAUUGGGACAUCCGGCAGUCUCCUGCAUAGUGGAGCACCAGGGAGGAGCUCCCGUGAGCACCUAUCAGACAGAAACCUCCAGAGCUCCACCUCCACAGGGGGGCCAAGCUACCUCUCCUCCCCAGAUUCGGUGCACCUAGCUGAGGCUUGGACAUGGGACAACAUGCCUCAGAUCCAGAGCCUAACAGGCUGGAUAGAUAAUCAGCUGGUUAAGACUGUGGUUCUGGAGAAUCAGAUCAGCCACUGGACCACUGUCGGUCGGUCUGGUAAGAAGAGCCACAGAAGUCCCAGAAAUACCCAAUGGGCUACAGUAGAGGGGCCCAGCUCCAGAUAUACCACUGCUUCUGGGGUGGUGGAGGGCCAUGGAGGGCCACACAGGACUGUGGUGGAGGUUAUGGUCCAUGGGAGACCAGAGACUGAGCCAGAGGAGGAGGGAAUUCUAGGGACAGUCAGACAGUGCUGGGGUUGACACUGUAUGGCGAGUCUAAUUAAUGAAUUAAUAAAAUAAUGAAUUAUCUUCAUCAAUAUGCUAUUCAAGAGGGAUAUUUUGAAAAAAAUAUGUUGAAAUACUCUGUGUGGAGGGAAUCAGGCUUAAUUGCAAGUAUUCAGUAGGCCACUGCUUGUGUCACCAUGUAUAUUUUCAAAAACAUUAAAUAAACAAUGUGCCCUGAUUGUAAAACAAAUAAAUAAAUGGUGUGUAAAAUACAUUCUCAAAUAAAUGGUGUGCAGGAUAGGGUGAGGGGAGCGCACACUCUUUCUUGAAAGAAUGAA